AUGGCUUUCUCCAAAACUGUUUAUUCAUUUGAAGUGAAAGAAGACACAGUGCCAGGGACAGUUGUGGGAAAGGUGGAAACAAAAUUUGAGAGUCUCACGCCUAUCACAUACUCUGUGCAGGAGGAUGAUGGAGAGAACCUGUUCCUUCUCAGCCCCCUCUCAGGGGAGUUCCUAUUAUCCCGCAGCCUGGAUUACGAAACACAAAGAUUUUUCGUUCUCACAGUGGUGGUGCAGCAGGGGGAUUCGCAGGUAUCCAGUGUCAGGGUGUACUUCAAUGUGUUGGAUGUGAAUGACAACCCCCCUGUUUUCAGUCAGGAAACCUUUUCUACAUCAUUGCUGGAAGAUACUCGGGUUGGCACAUGCUUCCUUUCCUUAAAUGUGUCAGAUAGAGAUGAUGGUGACAAUGGAGACUUGAACCUGAGAGUGGUUGGUGGUGAUGAAGAGGAAGUGUUCUUCAUAACCCCCACUGGUAGUUUAUGUCUGAACACAGAGUUAGACAGAGAGAGACAAUCCUCCUACAAUCUGACUGUGACAGCCAAUGACUGCGCCCAGCCUUUGCCUUUACAGUUCACCACCACAACACAUGUUAAAGUUGUGGUGGAGGAUGUCAAUGACAAUGCUCCAUGGUUUACGUCAGCCAAACGUAUCAGUGUACCAGAGGACACUGCACUUCAUUCUGUUGUAAUGACUGUACAUGCAGAGGAUGCAGACUUUGGAUCCAAUGGGGAGGUUUUAUAUUAUUUAAACAAUAUAUCUGGUGGCGUUUUCAGCAUCAAUAACACAAAUGGAAGAAUAUACCUGGAGGAGGGAUUAGACAGAGAACAGUUAGAUAGGCUGACUAUUACUAUAACAGCUAUUGAUAAAGGCUCACCCAGGAUGGCGACCACUAUUAAUCUCACUAUAAAAGUCGAGGAUGCAAAUGACCAUGACCCUGAGUUCUUACAAAGUACCUACAGCCUGACAGUGAGAGAGGACGUCUCUAGGGGAACAAGCCUGUUGCAGGUUCAGGCUCAUGAUCAGGACAUUGGCAUGAAUGGACAAGUGCGGUACUUGUUGAGACAGACGAGUCCGUUUGUGGUGGACAUGGUUCGAGGUGUCAUCACAGUCAUGGAUAAACUGGACAGAGAGAGAGAUUCAAACUACACCUUAAUCAUAGAAGCUGUAGAUCAGGGUGACAUGCCCAGAUCUGCAACUGCUGCUAUCAGUGUCACAGUCUUGGAUAUCAAUGAUUUUGCACCCCUCUUUUCUCCAGAAACACUGAUCAUACAUGUCAUGGAGAAUGAAGAGGACACCUCUCAGCUACAACAUCAGGUCUCAGCUUUCGAUGAAGAUUUAGGUGUCAACAGUCAGCUUACUUAUUUCAUUCAGAAAGGAGAUGCAGAUGGUUUAUUCUACAUCUCUCCCAAUGGCACGUUUCAAAUUUCACACAGCUUGGAUAGGGAGAGGGAAUCAUUGUACAUCAUAACUGUCAUUUCUGUUGAUUCAGGAUCACCAUCCCUAACAGGUACUCUGACCAUACAUGUUGUUGUGGAUGAUAUUAAUGAUAAUCGUCCAGAGUUUACUGAAGAAGUCUACAACACCAUAGUAUCUGAGGACAGUGCUCAAGGCACUGUGUUUGCUGUGAUAAUGGCGACUGACAUCGAUGAGGGUGUCAGCGGGGAAAUAAGGUAUUUCAUGGAGAACCCCAAUGUGCCUUUUUCCAUUGAGGAAACAUCUGGAGAGCUGUUUACCACUGAUGUCCUGGACAGGGAGACGACAGCCAUUUACAGGUUGACGGUGACUGGCAGUGAUAAGCAUCCCACUCAGCCUCUGUCAAGCACUGUGCUUGUUACCGUGCUCAUUGGGGAUAUUAAUGACCACUGGCCCCAGUUUCUGAACAGCCCCUAUGUGGCCUAUGUGCCCACUGAAAUGGCUCCAGGUUCAGUUGUUUGCGCAGUAAGGGCAGAGGAUGGAGACAUUGAGAUGAAUGCAGAACUUCAGUAUUCCUUAUAUGGACAAAGUUCAGAUCUGUUUUCCAUCAAUCCAUAUAGUGGCACUGUGUUUACUUCAAGUGCUCUCAGGAGAACAGAAGACAUUAUUGUCAACGUACGUGUGGAAGAUGCUGGAGAAAAUCCUAAAUUUGACAUCAGCACCAUUAGUAUCCGGUUUCAGAAUGUCUCCGACUUUCCAGAGAUAAAUGUGGAUUUGCUGACUUAUUCCCUCUCUGAGGAUGAGCCAGUGGGAACUUUAGUGGCUGUGGUCUCUGCAGAAAGCCUCAGGGCCGAGCCCAUCUCCUUUUAUCUAUCCUCUGGAAACUUUGACGACACGUUUCAUGUGGAGCAAUUAAGUGGGGCGCUGACAGUGGAGAGCCCCCUGGAUUAUGAGAACAAAAAUGAGUUUACUUUGUUGAUAGAAGGCAGAGACUCAGGCUCGCCUCCUUUCUCAUCAUUUGCAGAAAUUCACAUAAGCAUCAGUGAUGUAAAUGAUAACUUUCCACAGUUCACUCAAGUUGAGUACAGGUGUGAGGUUUUUGAGAAUUCCCCACCUUCCUGGGUUUGUGAUGUUCUUGCCAUUGAUGCUGAUUCUGGCAGUUUCAGCACAGUGCAGUACAAUAUAACAGAGGGAAACACUGAUAACGCUUUUACAAUUGACCCUGAAAAUGGUAUGUUGAGCACGACGGGAAGUUUAGACAGAGAGUAUAUCCCUGAAUUCAAUUUAACAGUUGAAGCUGCAGAAUUAGACAAUCCUCUUCAUAAAGACAGAGCAACCGUUAUCGUUGUUGUUUUAGACAGAAAUGACAAUGCACCUCGUUUUUCACAAAUUUUUCUAACAGAAGUACCUGAAGAUUCCCCUGUUGGACACAUAGUAAUACAAGUGACUUCAACUGAUGAUGACACUGGUGCCAAUGCAUUGAUUAAUUAUUCCAUAAUUGACCAAAUUGAUGAUCUGUUUAAUAUUGAUUUCACCACUGGCUACAUCACUGUUGAUAGACUUCUGGACAGGGAAAAGCAGGAUCAUUAUAUUAUAAAAGUAAAUGCAAAUGAUUCAGCAUGGAGCAUAAGCACCGAUGUCACUAUAGUCAUCACAGACAUCAAUGAUAAUAGACCAGUAUUUUCUGAUCAUUUCUACACUGUUGUGAUUCCUGAAACCAGAGAUAAAGAGGUGUUUGUUAUGCAAGUUCUUGCUACAGAUGCAGACAUGGGGCAAAACAGUGAGAUUCUGUAUGUUAUUGAACCUCCAAAUGAGGAGUUUUGGGUGAACGCUUCCUCUGGGGAUAUCUAUACGAAGCAGCCAUUAACUUUACACAAUUCAGCUUUUGAAAUCUACCAAUUUACAGUUAUUGCAUUUGACUGCGGCAGUGAUCCUCUGGAAAGUAACGCUACUGUCACAGUAAGAUUAGAGCCAUAUAAUUACUACCCACCAAUGUUUUUGCCUUUACAGCCUCUGAUUCCUGUCCCAUAUCACGUGUCUUUGAGAACUGAGGUGGUCCAGAUUACAGCAAUAGAUCCAGAUGUGAAUAACAGCAGUGCUGGUAUUGAAUAUAUUUUGGUCGGAGGUAAUGCAUCUGAUUUCUUUUCGAUCCAAGCUGACAAUGGAAAAGUAAUGUUAAAUCAGAGUCUGACAGAGAGUGUAAAUUUGUUUCUUACUGUAUUAGUUAUGGCAAAAGAUCAGGGUUCCCCAUCUUUAUCAUCACAAACUGAAAUCAUAUUUGAAAUUACUGGGAAGAAUACAUUUUCUCCAAGCUUUAGAGAGAUAGAUGUCACUUUUUCUGUCCCUGAGGAUUUGUCUAUAGGAUCAGUAAUUGGGAAAAUUAAAGCAGAAGAUGGAGAUUAUGGUCUCAAUGGCGCCAUCAUGUACCACAUUACACCAGAAAAUCCAUAUUUACCAUUCUCUCUAGGAGAAGCAUCUGGGCUGCUAACGCUGAUCAGGGAACUAGACUUUGAAAAAGAAGGUUUUUAUCAUCUCCGAAUCAAAGCCACGGAUGGAGGCUGGGUCUCUAAAACAGGUUUAUUAAAUGUGACAGUGAUAGUUAUGGAUGUCAAUGACAAUCCUCCACUCUUUUCAGCCUCAGAGUACAUCAUCUCAGUGCCUGAAAACUCUGCAAUUGGAACAAAUGUCUUCAAUGUGAAGGCUGCUGAUGCUGACUCUGGUGCAAAUGCCCAAAUAACCUACUCUCUCAUUGCUGGUCAUGUGGAUAAGUUCGCAAUGGACUCAAGAAAUGGCACAAUCACCACUUUGGACGUCUUUGAUUAUGAGCGAGAGCAGAUCUUUGAUAUAACAAUUAAAUCUUCAAACACUGGUGGUCAUCCUUUAUUUAGUUUGGCACAUGUUGUCAUCCAAAUCUCAGAUGUCAAUGAGUUCACACCUACGUUCAAGAAAAAGGAGUUUAACUUUUCGAUAUUUAAAAAUGUGCCCAUUGGAACAAGGAUUGGGAAAGUAACAGCAACAGAUUAUGACCAAGGCUCUGAAGGCAAGGUGUUUUACCUGAUGUUUGGCCAAAACAAAUAUUUGGGCUUUGAAAUCGACAAACUAUCCGGUGAAAUAUACACAAUAGGCAGUUUGAGGAAACAAGGCAACAGUCAUGUCAUUUUAAAAGUUCUGGCAAAGAACUCUGGUGUUAUUACUGGCAUGGAUAUAGAUGAAGCUCUGGUCCAGAUCAGUGUGAUAGACACAAACGAUGCACCCAUUUUCACCUCUGCUCUCUACUUGGUGAAUGUUACAGAAGACAACCUGGUUGGGACAUCUGUGAUAACAGUGAGUGCUCAGGAUCAGGACUCUAUCUUGGACUGGAAUCGUUUCUUCUUCGGCAUUGAACAUGGAAACACAAACUUGUCUUUUGCCAUUGAUCUAUCCAGUGGUGUUAUAUCAGUGAACGCUCCACUUGACAGAGAACAGUGGCCAGUUUAUAACCUGACUGUUACAGCCACUGAUAAUGGCUCUCCACCAGCCACUGGCACCACUAAUGUCAUUGUAACUAUUAGUGAUGUCAAUGACAACGCCCCCAAACUCACGUUUACUGAGGCUCAAGUGAAGGAAAACCAGCCUCCAGGCACCAUAGUGACGAAGUUAAAUGCAUCUGAUUCUGAUUUGCCACCAAACCAGGGACCUUUUACUUACUGGCUGGUGAAUACUUCAACAGAUGGUGCUUUUUCAGUAACUCCCGAUGGCAUUUUAUUCACCACAAGGGCUGCUGAUCGGGAGCAAAUCUCUGCAUAUCGAGUCCUGGUGGUUGUACGGGAUGCAGGGAUCCCUCCGCUGUCAUCCACAACACUGUUCCACAUUAGGAUUGUGGAUGAAAACGAUACCCCUUCAUUGCCCAGAAAUAUCUUUAUUGAGGUGAAAUAUUUCGGCAGUUCUUUCCAAGGAGGCAUGAUUGGUAAUGUCCAUCCUGAUGAUCAGGAUGAGUCUGACAUUUUCAGCUGCAGCAUCAAAAGCGGGUCCCUUAAUAUGUUCACGAUACCUAAUGGCACAUGUGAGUUGUGGUCAUCUCCUUUCCAAGGUGAGGCUACUUUUAACAUCACUAUUGAAGCAACAGAUCAGCUUCACUUCCCAGUCAACAACAGUGUCUAUGUCCACUACAAAGGUUUCACAAAUGCUACCAUGGACAGCUGUAUACUCUUUUAUGUGUCAUCAUCCUCACUGGAAGAAUUUUUGUCUCACAAGUAUUUGAGAUUUGUGAAAGCUCUGGACAGCCUGUUUAACUUACAGGCCUCUAAGACUCAUGUAUUUGGAAUCAAACAUAUUGGCACUGAAAUGCUUUUGUUUGCUGCGGUCAAAAACUACAAUGGUCAAUAUCUAAGCAGAGAAGUCGCGAGUGGCAUCUCCGCCGGACACAGGAAAUUACUAGAGUCACAGAGCAAUGUGACAAUUUCUCACAUCACUAGUGAUCCGUGUCUCACCAGCUCAUGUCAAAACGGGGCAACGUGCAACAAAAACAUAUACAUCAGUCAGGAUGUUGCCGUCCUGGAAAGCAUGGCAGUCAUCUUUGUGUCACCGCAGAAAGAGAUUUUAAAUUGCACCUGUCCAGCCGGCUUCACUGGUUCACUCUGUGAGGAAGAUAUUAGUGAAUGUGAGAUGAGUCCCUGUGAGAAUAAAGGCACAUGUGUGAAUACUCCAGGAAGUUUCUACUGUCAAUGUCAGAAUGGCUUUUCUGGCCCUAUCUGCUCUUCUGAUGUAGAUGAAUGCUUGAAAGUGAAGUGCCAAAAUGGAGGAACUUGUAGCCCCACUCAAAAUGGAUAUCACUGUUACUGUUUGCCUGGAUUUGAAGGAGAAACCUGUGAGCAAUUCCUAGACCACUGUAGAUCAAACCCCUGUGUCCAAGGAAGCUGCAUCAAUUCACAGACAGGAUUCUCUUGUAGUUGUGCCUUUGGAGUCAGUGGUGUCCACUGUGAGGAGCCCAGUUAUGGCUUUGAGGAGAUGUCCUUUAUGGAGUUUCCCCCAUUGGAUCGCAGGACUAAUUUAAUCUCUCUUGAGUUUGCCACAGUGCAAAGGAACUCCUUGCUCCUGUUCAACCCUGGAGGAUCAUCCAGCAGGGAAUUCUUUGCACUGGAGAUACUUGACGGGGCCAUGUGUCUCUCUUAUGACCUGGGAUCAGGACCUGUGAGGCUGCAGACAAACAAGCAAGUGGCAGAUGGACAUUUCCACAGCAUCACUGCCAGGAGGAUUGGCAAUAUGGGCUCUUUGUAUGUGGACAACUGCACAGAUGUUCAGAGCAGUGGAUUUUGUUAUUCACAGAGUGAUGGCAGUAGCUCAGAAAGCAGGACACUGGAUGUUGAAAAUAGUAAUAUAACAUUUGGGGGACUGAGGACCGUUGAAUCCAUUUUGCUGCAUUCUGCUCAGAUAAGAACCCAUGACUUUGUUGGGUGUAUUCGAAACAUUUAUGUGAAUGGCGUCCUGCUGAGACCUUCAAUGGCCCUUACAACAUAUAACAUUCUUGAUAGGUGUCCUCGGGCAACAGCAUCACCAUGUCACAGAAACCCAUGUAAGAAUGGUGGUGUGUGCCAUGACCUUUGGUCUGACUAUCUUUGUGAGUGCAAAAGCCCUUUCACUGGAAGAAACUGUGCCAAAGAAAUGUCACAGGAGCUUGUAUUGAGAUUUAACGGCAAUGACUACAUAGAGUAUGUCAUCAAAGAGAGAUCCAAGAGAGACUAUCUGCUUAAGGACUUGCUGGAUGAUGAGAAACGGGGGAACAGCAGAAACCAAACAGCGAUUAACAUAAAAUUCAAGACCCAAUAUAAUGGAGUGUUAAUGUUUGUUCUCGGACAGACAGAAUAUACUGUGCUUAAGAUAAAAGACAGAAAGCCUGUAUACAUUUCCAAAGACAUCCUAUCAGGACAGCUGUCAGAGUUCACUGUGGACUCCACAGUGGCUGACGGGAUCUGGCAUGUCCUCUCCUUGUUCAGCAAUGGUCAGAACAUUUUUCUGCUUCUGGAUGGAAAAGCAGUCUUAAACAUCACAGACAGAAGUAUUGAUCUCACUCCUGUUAAUGUGGAAAAGAUUAUUUUUGGUUCAGCCCCGACAGGAGAUUCGAAGCCCCAGGAGGCAGGGUUCACUGGAUGUGUGCAGUAUUUCAAUGUGACAGGUUACACUCUGCCAGUCAGCGGACACAGUGAGAUGGUGGACGUUUGGCCGAGCUCAACUCUCAUCCAGUCAAGCUGCAGCUCUUCAGAUUACUGCCUGCCCUCUCCCUGCACCGAAGAUGACACAGCUAGGAAGAACUGUCUCUCCACACAUUGUCAAAACCGAUGGCAGUGUGGACCUGUGGUGCAGAACGGAUCCUGCAUCUGUUUGCAUAAUGUUUCGGACCAUGUCUGUGAUAUGUGCAUCUCCACAACAGAGAGCUAUGAUGGAUGCUCUGAGAUGCAGGGCAGCCUGCCUCUGUGGCUCAUUGCUGUGAUUAUUCCAGUUCUCUCCAUCCUGGUUAUUAUAGGAAUGUUUAUUGCUCUUUACAGAGUGAGACGACAGAAUCCAAAGUGUCAGAGAGACAGCUCACCACAGAAAACAGAGCAAGGGACAGACAACAUGGCAUUUUGCUUUGAUGACAGCAGAAUGCUCACAGAUGCUGCAGAACAAGGGAAAGAGCGUGAUCUGAUGAGUGCUAAUCGGCAGAGGUCAAGUAUGGAGUGUUACAGUGAUACCAGUCUAUCAAGUGUUCAGCCAGUGCCAAACAGUGAGCUGGAGUAUUAUGAAAUCAGCAGCAUCUGUAGUGCAUUUCUAUCAGACACUGCCUCACUCAAGCUCAGCUGGCACAAGCAUUUGUACAGCACAAAGUGUGUGAACGCUGAUUCUAAACAGUGGCGAGAUUUGAGGAUGCUGUUUGAAGGUUUUAAGAAAGGAUGCCCCGGUGAAGACAGCACACACAGUCCUACGAAACCUGAACAUGUUGCAUCCCUAAACAAACAGUUGUUGACUAAGAUAAAUACUGUGCAGUCCCAGAAAACACAGCCUUGUUGCACAAAGAGGAUCCUACAACCAGAGCUCCUAGAACCUGUGCAAUGUCUCACUUUUGAAGAAAUAAGUAAAUUAAACUCUCCUAUAGAGCAAACAGUGCCACAUGGAGCAUCCCUGAGGCCUGGACCUGCCAAGUCCACCACGAUGAUCAGUGUGUCAUCUGACAGUGAAACAGACAGCACAUUUACCUGCUUGGAGUCUGAGUAUGGACAGUUUUCUAUCAUCAACACCAGGAGAUAUAUACAUAAACAAUCGACUCUGUCAGCAUGCAGCUUCAGACAACAAGGCAUCUUGCCUGUCAACUCAUUGUUCAAACACACCUGCCAGUCUGCUGCAGAUCAGCUUGAAGCUGACAGUACUCCCUCUGGUACUUUUGAGCAAUGGGAAAAUAUUUUCAAUAUGAAUCUUCCUUUUAGCAUGUAUGCUUCUGUAUUUGAGGAUAUUGCAUGUCUACCUGUUGAACCCAGUCACAGCUAUGAUAUGCAUAGUGACAUAGAGGAAAUAAUUUGACGGGGAUUAUAUUGUAGUUUUUGGGUCAGAUUGAAAACUACAAAGUAUUUAUAUGAUCUUUUUUUUUUUUUAAUUUAAAAAUCAGAACAGGAGAAUGACAGACAUGCUUCUGCGCAUAUAUAGCAGCUCCAUAAUUAGAUUAGUCAGGAACAUUAUAAAAUAUAGAUCAUACAACUAAUAAUUAAAAAAAGAGUUGACACAAUAUCAAAUGUGCUUCACAAUGUGUUCCAGAAAAGUAGCAUUUUUUGUGCUUUUUGAUUAUGAAGAUUGAUAAGGGAUGCAUAAAAGUUUUCUACAUCAACACUUUACUGAAACAUAUUUGAUACAAUUAUGCUGUUUACGUCAUCAAAAAACAUGAAUAAUGUAAAUGUGACACAAAUCUAAAUUUUUGAUUGGAGCAUGUAUUGCACAAACAGUGAAAGGUAUAUAAGAACAUGAUAUCAAAUGAUAGAUUAUAGUGCUCCUAAAUUCAAUGAAUUAAAAUGAAACAUUCUCCAUUAUCUCACUUGAAAUCUUUGUGCUUUCAAAUGCUCUAAACACCAAUAAGUAAGAGAAUGUAAGUAAAUGAUAAAGGAUAUUAGUUGUGUUAUGACAGCUUAAUGUCAUAUAACAAAACAAAGAGAGCAAAAUUGUGUGUGCAGAGAAAAUUAGUUUAAAAGACAGAAAUCCUGGUCAGGGGAUGGAAGGUGGAGUCUGUUGCUGUACUGUACUAAUAAAGAAUGUUAAACUCUCUCUAGAUGCAUGUUUUUGAACC